AUGAUUGUCACACCUCGUAACUUCGUAGGUGUUACCGUGAGACUUGCUACACAGUCAGUCAUGCUCUCGAUUGAUUAUUUGUUAGCCAAGUCGUUGGCGGAUGUCGUGCCUCUUUCGGUAUCCAAACCGAGCCGUGGAAAAUGUCCGAACGAGAUUCAAAUUCCAGGUCAUCAGGAACCCUCGAACCGCAGACAAGGAUUCGCGAAAAAGAAAGAAACACCCAAGGAUUUAUAA